AUGGUAUUGCGAAGAGUCAAUGUGCCAGAUCCGGAGUUCGAUGGCUUCGUUCAGGGGCAGAUGGAGAAAUGGAAGGUCCCUGGAUUGACUAUGGCCAUUGUACACGGCGACAGCACUUGGUCAAAAGCUUAUGGGAUAUCUCAAUUUCCCGAUCGGAAGAUGACGACGGAUUCUCUCUUUUCGACGUGUAGUACAACCAAGGCAUUCACGGCAGCAGCAGUGAGCCUCGCCAUCGACGAUAGCAAGCAUACCGAAAACCCCCUGAACUGGGACACCCCGAUUUCAUCAUUACUGCGAGAUGACUUCGUACUGCACAACGACUAUAGUACAAUGCACACUACAAUAGAAGAUGCUCUAUCACAUCGCUCAGGACUGUCAACCCAUGAUGCCUGUAUCAGUCUGGCACAUCCCCAAAGACCCCUGCGUGAGGCAGUGCGGAACCUGAGGCAUCUCAAAAUGGCAUAUUCUCCUCGCACGACCUUUUCCUACAAUAACAACAUGUACAUGGCGAUCUCUCAUCUAUUGGAACAACUCGAAGGUCGGAGUCUGGGCGAAACCCUCAAGAACCGCAUUUGGGGCCCGUUGGGAAUGAAUGAUACAUAUUUCUCCGCACAAGAGGUUUUAAAGGACCCAUCCAUCGGACCUCGCUUCGUCACAGGCUACACCUGGGAUGCUGAUACAAACUCUUACAUUGCAGAACCGCACAUGAACGACGUCGCCGUGACCGGCGCUGGGGCCAUAGUGAGCAGCGUCCUUGAGUACACCAAGUGGCUACGUGCACUGAUCUACAAAACGGGCCCUCUAUCCCCACAGGGACAUGCCGAAAUCUUGAAACCCCGCACGGUAAUCACGGCUGUGGAUGACCUCGAAGCGCCCCCCGCGCCGCACCACCUUUACGCCCUUGGGUGGUUCGUGGCCAGCUAUCACGGCGAGCCACUAUACUGGCACAGCGGCAGCUGGCCCGGGUUCGGUAUCAUGGUCGGGUUUCUACCGAGCAAAGGCUUCGGAUUCGCAAUGAUGGGGAACACGACCAAUGCCCGCCCUGCGCAGGUGGCGAUAUAUAUGCAUCUCCUCGACCAAAUCUUUGGUCCUAGUUCGGGCCCUCUCCCAUCGAGUCCUGUGGCACAUCCAGGACACAAGUCGAUUGCCGCAUCUGAGACCAUGCAUGAAGCCAUCAAACGGCUAUAUCCAUGUCUGCCUAACCCUGCUAUCCCACACUCCCUCCCGUUGCAGCAGUAUGCGGGGCGAUACGUACACGCCGCGUAUGGACCCAUUACCUUCGUGUUGAAGGAAAAGUUCCUGCGCGCAGAUCUCUUGGAUCGUGUGAUGCCUGCUCUUCUCGCCCUUGGCCAUGCAAGUGGGGAAUUCUUCGUUGCAUACUACUACCAGCCCAAAUCAGUCGGUUCUAUCCAUGGGUACUAUGGUACAGAGUUCCGCGUGGGCGCGGACGGAAGAGUCACUGCAAUGGGAAUAGAUCUAGAGCCUGCUCUGGGCGAGAAGAUUUGGUUUGAACGAGUAUGUGAACGUGUUUGA